AUGGCGAGCGUCUUAACACCUCCAUGUACCCUUGUCUGUCUUCACGGCAAGCCCUGCAUCCAACAGCACACAGACAGACACGGCUGCAUCGGAGCUUCUUGGCCAGCCGUCGUCGUCGUCGUCGUCGUUGUCGGUGCUGUAUCUGUACAUGGAUACAAACGGCAACAACAACAACAACAACAACAACAACAACAACAACAACAACAACAACAACAACAACAACAACAACAACAACAACAACAGCAGCAGCAGCAGCAGCAGCAGCAUCACCAAUACUCGACCUCGUUCCCGGCCCGCCGGCUCGCGCUUUGA